CCUCAGGUGGGCGCUUCAUUUGACCACCAACCAAUUAAUGUGAUUUCUAGAUCUAUUCUCAUUCGAAAUCUCCUUCAACUCUGUCCUGGAGCAUCGCUCUCAAUAUCUCAUCCAACCAGCAGGCAUAUGUCACGGUGCACACCUUGAAUAGAAUGAGUACAUGUUCUCGCUUUCUACCGUACCUAGCUAUAAUUACCAGCCGCAUUGUGCCAGUGUCCAUGUCCCAACCGUGACAUGUGUACUAGCACAAUUCCAGGAGCCAUCAAGAUUUAUAAAAUAACCUAACGACUGUCUUAAUCCUUUUAUUCAAUGGGUCUGCAUACAGAUGACUAGUAAUACCUGUUGGAGUGGUUGACUUUUGACGAUGAGCCGCCUUCCCUCAUGCCAACGCCCAUUGACCCAUGUUCUUAUCGCCUCGCGCCCAAAACUGACUCACAAACAGGCAGGAUCAAAUUCUCGUUGCCUUUCGGAGCUUCUUACGAAGCUCAGCCUCAGAUCACUUCCUAUGACUACGCCACCGUUCAGUAUUUUGCAUCCACACCAAGCUCCGCAAUCGCAACCAUUUUUCCCCGCACGAACUUAAGCAACCGGUAUCCUUCAUCUCAGGAGCCGUGCAGCGAGCACGUUCCUUCAUAUGUAGCCCCGCCAUACACCCUACAUGCAUCUUUGUCUGAAGACGAGAUUCAGACGGCGGUUUCUUUGCUGCGAAAAAAAUCUGUGGCUGUGGACUUAGCUUCGAGACUUUAUGAUCACACGAGCGCUGCUCGUUUUGCGCACCACCGGUUGCAUUUGCCUUGCAUCACAUUCCCUGUCACAGAAGUCAGCCUGAGGCCCAGUCGAGACCAGGACACAUGUGUAUGCAGUCAAGUCAGACG